GCCCUGACUCGCCCGUGUUUGUGGGACUGUGACACGUAACUUUGUCCCUUUCACAACCGUGACCAGGCAGUAAACCUCCACCUGGGGCAGGGAGACACUUUUCUGACCCCCUGUCCCCCCAAACUAAAAUCCGUUUUAUCCAGAUCAUUUUGCAGCAUGGAGGCGAGAGACGCAACUGCAGGUGCUCUUGUGGGCAGUGAUGGAGAGGAAAAGUCUGCAAAAAAGGAUGCAGCUCCUAAAAAAGAAACACCAGAGACCAAGAGCAAGAUGGAGAAGAUCUUUGGGUUCAGGAAGGAGGACCUGACCUCCUGGCACAGCCUGGUGACCCUCCUGAACCGCCCCACUGACCCGGCAUCCCUGGGCAUCUUCCGCUGCUUGUUUGGUUUGCUGAUGACUAUUGACAUCACACAAGAACGUGGCCUCAGUCACCUGGACUAUAAGUACCUGGAUGGUGCCCCUGUGUGCCGCUUUCCCCUCUUCAAUUUCUUACAGCCACUGCCGCUGGAUUGGAUGUAUCUGGUUUAUGUGGUGAUGUUCCUCGGGGCCCUGGGCAUCAUGCUUGGCUGCUUCUACCGUCUCUCCUGCCUCAUGUUCAUCUCGACGUACUGGUACAUCUUCUUUCUGGAUAAGACUACCUGGAAUAAUCACUCGUACCUGUACGGCCUCAUUGGGUUUCAGCUCACACUCAUGGAUGCCAACAGAUACUGGUCAAUUGAUGGAUUGCGGAGGCCUUCUAUAAGAAAUGCUCAUGUGCCUCUGUGGAAUUACACCUUGUUGAGGACACAGAUAUUUAUUGUAUACUUCAUCGCUGGAAUCAAAAAGCUGGAUGCUGAUUGGGUGGAGGGAUACUCGAUGUCAUACCUGGCUCACCACUGGCUGUUUGAUCCUUUCAAAGUGAUUCUCCCUGUGGAGGUAGUGAAUCUGCUCGUGGUGCAUGGAGGCGGCCUUGUUCUGGAUCUGACCGCCGGCUACCUGCUGUUUUUUGAUGCCACUCGACCUUAUGGAAUUUUCUUUGUCAGCUAUUUUCACUGUAUGAACUCGCAGCUCUUCAGCAUUGGGAUGUUUUCCUACACAAUGUUGGCCACCAGUCCUCUCUUCUGCUACACCGACUGGCCAAGAAGAUUCUUCGCCCGUUUCCCAGCAUUCCUCGGGGCAGUCCUGCCAUUCACCUCCCCGGUCCUUCAGACUAGUACUUCCUGUGUUUACAGCGAGAGUCAAAGCACCAGCACCGAACGCCGGGGGGCCCCGCCUGUCACUAAACCUUCCAAACCAAGACUAAAGCACAAGCUGGCAGCCAUUUUUACUCUUCUCUACAUAACUGAACAGUUCUUCCUGCCUUACUCCCACUUCAUCACACAGGGUUACAACAACUGGACCAAUGGCUUGUACGGCUACUCGUGGGACAUGAUGGUCCACUCCCGCAGCCAUCAGCAUGUUAAGAUCACCUAUAAAGAUGGAAAAACUGGGGAUAUUGGAUACCUGAACCCAGGGGUUUUCACACAAAGCCGUCGCUGGAAGGACCACGGAGACAUGCUGAAGCAGUAUUCCACCUGCCUCCAUCAGUUCCUGCCUCGCUAUAACAUCACUGACCCUGAAAUCUACUUUGACAUCUGGGUGUCCAUCAAUGAACGCUUCCAGCAGAGGAUCUUUGAUCCCCGUGUGAACAUCGUGAAGGCUGAUUGGUCGCCUUUCCAACCGAACCCGUGGCUGAUGCCUCUGCUGGUGGACCUCUCACCGUGGAGGACCAAGUUCCAGGAGAUUGAGGGCAGCUUGGACAAUCAGACUGAGAUUGUCUUCAUCGCAGAUUUCCCAGGUCUCCAUUUAGAAAACUUUGUAAGUGAAGAUCUGGGCAACACCAGCAUCCAAGUGUUGCAGGGUCAAGUGAGCGUUGAGGUAGUGGAGGAGAAGAAGAACUACACUCUUCAGCCUGGUGAGCAGAUCAAGGUACCUGCUGGGGCUUACCAUAAGGUGUACACAGUGUCUGAAGGCCCGUCCUGCUACAUGUACAUCUACGUCAACACCACAGAGGCGGCGCUGCAGGAGAACUUCACCAAGCUGUACGAGCUUCAGGAGCGCGUUCGCAAUGGGACAGAAACCGAGCCCCUUCCUCCGGAGCUGCAGCCUCUCGUCGCUGCAGACGAUGAAGAGGUCAACGCCACCGACCCAAUCGUGCAGCUGUUCCUGAAGAGGCAACGCCGCAUGAAGGAGGUGAAGAAGCGCAGGGAGGCCGGUACUCUGGAGCGACUGGAGCGAUUUGCUGUGAAGAAGUACUAUACGAUACGGAGGGGAUUCUUGAUGACGGCCAUCGCUAUGAGGAACCUGCUGGUGGGUCUCCCGCCUCUAGAACAGCUGACACGAGAAGUGGCCUUUGCCAACAUGAAGGGACCUCAGGCAGAAGGCACAGAGGACGAACGGCUCAAAGAUGAAGUCGGUCAUGGAGAACUUUAAAGCUGUCGUUGGGACCAAAGUAACCGGUAAAAUGCUGGAUCACACAUUCCAAUCAGAUGUGUGUGUGUUGUUACUACUGGACUGUUACUGGGAUGUCGCUGCCCUGAAAUCAAAGGAUUUUUUAAUUUUCUAUGCUUCUGAAAUAUUUUGCAUUUCAGGUUAUUUCCAAAUGUAAAGCCAGUAUUUUGUUCAGGCAUUUGUUUACAAUCUGACAUUAUGCAGAGGACAUGUGUUUGUAUGUUACUGUAUGUUAACAGAUGUGCACUGCUUUGCUGUGCAAGAUUACAUUUCAAUUUGUGCAAUUUUGCUUUUAAUCUUAAACUUGCAGAUGAGAGUUAUAAUGGCUGGGUGACAUGACCAAAAAGGAUUAUCAAGACAACAUACUGACAAUUAAAAAUGUUUCAGGCCUUGUAUGAUCUGCUGGAUGAUCAUAUUCUUAAUACAGUAAACUAUAAAUGUUAAUACUUGGUUUUGAUUGAAAACAUACAUUUUGACAGAUUAUAGGUUUUUAAAAAUAAGUCAACAAGUCCUCCUCCAGUUGUUGAGUUUAUUUCUCAGCUCUUAGAUCAAUACAUCUGGCCAAUUUAUAACAAACACAUUUAAAAAUAUACAGCAAGAUAUCAUGUGAAGGUUUACUCUGUUUUGAGGGAAUAAACGUGUCUGAUCUCUUAUGGGAACCCUGCAAUGUGAGAAAAAAUGACUGACAGAAAUACAAAUUACUGUUUUGCUCGUCAAUCGACAGCCUUUUCUAGUCACUUUUCUAAUAAAGAGCUUGUGUUAAUACACUUGAUGUUAUUUUAAAUGAAAAUUAAAAACUUCAAACAAGGUUUGUGGAAAUAAUGAAUUUUAUUCGUGUCAGUAUUUUAGAUAUCGACCAUCUUAAAGUGCUACAGUAGAAUUCCAGUGUUCACUGUAGGUUGACAUUAUGGCACAUAAAUGACACUCUUCACAUAAUCGGAGCACAAACAGUACGGUGUUACAUAAUAUAAAUACAUAUAAAUCUACAGGAUAAAUCUCUAGGACAUGAUUUACUUUGUUAAAACAUAAAAUCAUGAUCUGUUUAGUUGAGGUUAACUGUCAGGAGUUGUCUGAUUCAGUAUAAACAUAGUGGAGGUCCAGUCACAUAAGAAGUGUAACAGAUUACUGCCCAGAAAGUGACAAGUGUUCACAACAUGAGAUG